AUGACCCAAAGCAACACUACCACUGAUCAAUUAGCUCUUCUUUCUUUAAAAUCCCAAAUCAUUUCGGAUCCCUUUCACUUCUUGGAUGAAAGCUGGUCUCCUGCUACUUGUGUUUGCAAUUGGGUUGGAGUCACUUGUGGCUCUCGUCACCAGCGAGUCAAGUCCUUGAACAUUUGUAAUAUGGCUCUUAUAGGAAGAAUUCCACAAGAUUUUGGAAACCUGUCAUUUCUUGCUUCUCUCGACUUGGGAAGGAACAACUUCCAUGGAAAUUUACCUCAUGAAAUGGCACGCUUGCGUUGGAUUAAGUUUCUUGAUUUAAGUUUCAACAUCUUUGGAGGGGAGGCUCCUUCUUGGUUUGGGUUCUUACACCAACUUCAAGUUCUAAGUCUUAAGAAUAAUAGUUUCACCGGCCCCCUUCCCUCUUCAUUUUUUAACAUUUCAAAGCUUGAAAUGUUGAAUUUGGAAUUCAAUUCCUUAGAAAGUCAUAUCCCUGUGUCUCUCUCGAAUGCCUCGAAGUUGGAGAGGUUGGAUUUAUCUGGCAAUUUUCUCCAAGGAAACAUUCCAAAAGAAAUCGGCAACCUUCACAACCUGAACUGGUUGGCCAUACAAUAUAAUCAACUUAUGGGUUCUGUACCAUUUACAGUUUUCAAUAUUUCUCGGAUCGAAGUCAUUUCAUUUACCGGCAAUAGCUUAUCAGGAAAUCUUCCCAAUGGUUUAUGUAAUGGUCCAAUGGCGGAUCCAUAA